ACACCAGCCACGGGUCUAACGAGUUCGCGUGCACUCGCGGAGGGGCCUCGGAUCGGAUCGUCAAAGUGCUCGCGGGCAAACUCGAAGAAUCGCGAAGGAACUCGCAGCCUGAGAGACCUGAUUAUCGUCGUAGGGACAUCCCCGAGGGACGCGAAGGGGUUCGACGUUGCAGUGCUAAAGAAUUUCGUCGAACCGUCGAAGUGAUCGCAAAAGAGUGGCGCAAAAGUUCGGAUCGCGAAGCACUCGUCAGAGCACUCGGCUUGUUGCGAGGCAGCGACUAGCAUCGCGAGGGAACACGCGUUUCCUGGUGAAGCGAUCGGCUCGAUAGCACCCAGCGCAGCAGUGGUGACCUCGAAUCUCCCACGAGGGCCAAAGUCUGAAGGGCGGAUGCGAUCGGACGGGCGCCAGCUAUUGAGCGGCCUCGCGAGAAUGCACGUGCGUCGCGGCGCUCACCGGGGGUAGGAGACGUUCCGCACCGGAAACAAAUGUGACAUCUCCGAUUUGGUGGCGGUAGCGAAUUCGGAACAAGAAGCAGGGGAUGAAUUCUGCGACGUCCAGCAACAUUUUCGUUGCUGCGUUGUCAUCUGCUCACGUUGAUGCUGGAUAUUCUCUUCCUCUGAAUUUUCCAUUUCGGGAAUCAACGAUAAAAAUUCGAACGUUAUUUUUGUCGUUGCUUGAUGUAUUAAUGGCGCAUAUAGAAACGCUUCGUUGAAACGGUUAUAACAGCGCCAUUAUAUACGUCUAUAAAAGUUUAAUCAUCACUAUGAUUAUUAGAUCCGAGCCGAGAUACGAUGCCGAACACGUGUAUUAACUUGGCGCGCCAUGACGUCGUUAACGCCUGAGGAAAUCUGGAAUCGUUCUACGGUCGUCCGUAUCGUCUCAUCGAUCUAGAUAUGACGACACCGAGGACAUUUCUGGAUGCGAGAAAUAUCAAAUUAGCCUGUGCACCGCUGACGACAUUCUCCCAUCAAGCCGGAUAUGACGGCAACGCAUCAAAACGUCGAUCCCUUCCGCGAAAGUUUCGAAUCGCCGAUGUCCCUUCGUCGAGUCGAUGACGACGCGGAGUGAUUCCACGAGUUCUACGAGCAGGAAGAUUCACAGGCUCUCGCCGUGAUGUUGCCGCCGAGCGUGAUCGACGUGCAGGGCUCGACGCCGCGUGACUUGCUGAUGAGCAGCCGCGGUCUACUGUCGGAGACGAUGUACGCCGAGCUGCGGCCGGUCGACGCGGCGACGUGCCGCGUCGCGAUGUGUCACGACGAGUUCGACGAGACCAUCCGCACCGUCUCGGAGCCGGAAUGCUCGAAGCGAAGGAUCGAGUCGGCUGGGACCGGAAGCACCAGGUCCGUACCGGACGGCCGGCCGCGUCAGGGCUUCUCCAAGGGCUCCGCCUCUCUGCAGAGCCUGGUUCGCCGAAGAAGCCGCAGGCAUGGCGGCAGCGGCGGCGGCGGUGGCUCGUCCCUACCUUUAGAGGUCGAGCUGUGCACGAGGCAGGUCGUCUACCCCGUUUCCUCGGACUUUGCCAAGGACCUCGGCGGUGCUGCGGUGUUUCGGAACGACGAGGAGGCGCAGACCGCGACACCGACCUCGACACUCGUCUACGCGGCCUCCUCGGCGCAACCUUCAACCUCGCGGGGUGACAACAACGGUGUCCAAGACGUCUCUUCGUCGGCCAGCAACGUCGUCGCCAUCACCAACACCGGCAGCAACACUAGCCCGACGAUCGCAGCUGGCCGCUUUGGAAACGCGACGGUCUCGUUGCUGCGGACGAGCGGCAUCGCGAAGCCGGGACCGUCCACGUCUUCCUCCUGGAACAAUUCCGAGCAGGAGAAUGAGUACGUCGUCGAUCCUGUACAGGGCAACGCUUACUACAAGGGGCAGUUUCUGGGAAAGGGUGGCUUCGCGAGGGUCUACCUAAUGACCGACGUCAGUAACGGGAGCCAGUACGCGUGCAAGAUUAUCCCGAAGAAUCGGAUGCAGAAGAUCCACAUGCAAAAGAUCGCGCGUGAGAUCAUGAUCCACAAAGAGCUGAAUCACGUGAACGUCGUCAAGAUGCAUCACUACUUUGAGGACAAUCUCCACGUGUACAUGCUCCUAGAGGCCUGCCCACGAAAGAGCUUGAUGCACGUACUGAAGUACCGUGGUAAAGUCACAGAACCGGAAGCACGUUACUACAUGAAGCAAAUGGUGACCGGCGUCGCGUACAUCCACUCGCAGAAAGUCGUUCAUCGGGACCUGAAACCGGGCAACAUGUUCCUGUCGGACCGGAUGAUUGUCAAGAUUGGCGACUUUGGAUUGGCGACCAGGCCCGACGGUCAACGUAGACGAGUGACGAUAUGCGGCACGCCAAACUACAUCGCUCCGGAAGUGUUGUACAAGCAGGCGUACAGUUACGAGGCGGAUGUUUGGGCGCUCGGCUGCAUAUUGUAUGCCCUGCUGGUGGGGCAACCACCUUUCGAUACUGCCACACUCAAGGAGACCUACGCUAGGAUCUGCAACAAUCAUUAUCGCGAGGUGGACGACAGUAUUGCGAGCAGGAGCGGGCAGGAUCUGAUCAGGUGGCUGUUGCAAUCCAAUCCCGAGCUGCGACCGAGUCUGGAGAGAGUGAAGGAGCACGCUUAUCUGACCAAGGAGUACGUGCCGGUGUCCUUGCCCCACACUUGCUGUUACCAGAUGCCACCGGCGACGAUCAUCGAGCCACCCUCGUCGCCGUCCUCGGUCUCCACCGUCGCCAGGAAUCAGGAAAGCAACAAGGUGCAGAUGUGGCAGCAGAGUCUCGUUCACCCGGACGUCUCAUCCCUGCGUUACCAGCCGAUUCAACCGCAGCAACAGCAGCAGCAAUCGCAACAGUAUCCGCAUCUGCUGAAUCGCUCGCACAAGAGCUUGCAGAAAGAAUUGCAGAAAGAGUCAAAGGUCUCGAGUUGGCUCGUCAGGAAACUGCCCAAGCUGCCUCGAUUCCGGCAACGGCUCAGCAGCGUGCUCUGCCCGGAUCACAAAAAGACCGGUCUCGUGGCGCAAAGCGUGCAGAUGCAUCGCGCUCUGGAGGCAUGCGUGACGGAGAUGAAGCGGAACAACGCGUGUAACCCGCCGACCGUGGACGACAUCGUGCCGCUCUUCGUUACUAAAUGGAUCGAUUAUUCGAACAAGUAUGGGCUGGGUUUUCAGCUAUCCGACAGGUCGGUCGGCGUUCUUUUCAAUGACAACACGAAGAUCAGUUACACUCACGAUAGAAGAAGAGUGGAGUACAUCACAACGGAUGAUGAGAUAACGCGUUAUCAUCGAGAACGAGACGUGCCAGUGCCGUUGCAAAAGAAGCUCGAGUUGCUCCGUCAUUUUACCGAGUACAUGGACGAUUUUUUGACGGAAGGUGGUGAGCUUAAAAAAUAUCGUGCGCCGCCGAGACAGUCAAAGAACGCUUGCGUGCCGCGAAUGAGGCGGUGGCUGCGUACGGACAAGGCCAUCGUGAUGGAGUUAACGGUACCCCUCCUUCAAGUGAACUUCUUCGUGGAUCACACGAAGAUGGUGGUGUCACAGGAGUCCGUGGGUAGGGGUUACUUGAUCACUUACAUCGACACGGGCCGACACGCGUCCUCUUAUUGGCUGAACGACCUGCGUGACCUCGGCUGCACCUCGGAUCUCUACGAGCGCCUCUACUACGUCUGCAAAGUGACCCGCGAGUUCGCCGAGCUGGACAAUAAUACGAUCGCUUGACCCGCAGCGAAUUCUCAAAAGACAUAAAAACUUUGAGGCUUUCGCGGUAGUUACUACUAGCAGUUCUGGUUUUCAGGUUGAAGCUGCUUUCUUUUCUCGGUCACUUUGGUUCCUCAGAAAACAUGUUGCGAUUCCUCCAGAAUCUGCGAAAAGUUAGCGAGAUUUCCCAGCGAGAUCCUAAUCUUGCCCAGGCGAUUAUUCAUAAAAGUUGACAGUGGUAAAAUUUCUCGAAUCGAUAAUUCAUUACUAAUUAUUAAUUCUUGACGACUAAAGUUGCGUAAAAAAUGUAACUACCACGAUUAAUGGAAGGAUCCCCUUACCGAGCUUAAGGGCUAAGGAAGUAGCGGCAAUGCGAGUACGUCACGAUACGUACCGUUACGCGCAUUUCACGGGAGGUCGUAAAUAAGAGUGUCGCGCGUGCAAGUUCGCGAGAAGGCGUGUCGCGCGCGGAUAAAAGCCGUGGUGCGAAUACUCACGUUGAUUUAUGAACCUGCGCCGUUUCCACGAAAUCCAAGAAAGAUCACUCGCAAAAUGGAGAACGCUCGUAAAUGGAGAACAUUACUUUGUAGUGCGCGAUGCUGACUCGGUAAGUUAUCCGUUCUCACCGUACGUAAACAAGUUGUGAUAUAUGUUGCGUUUUACAUCCUAUGAAAAUAUAAAUUGAUCUAUAUAGCGUAAUGUAAUCGAGUUUACGGGGAUUUUUUUAUUCGUACAUUAUGUACGAAAAAAAAUUAAAUUCUGUCGCGCGACAGAAGUCUAAUUAAAUUAAACGAGUUUGAUCGCUCAACCGCGAGAACGUUAUAGCUGCACUUAAAAUUAAACCAAAAGCAAUGCACCAUUUUCCCUCACACUUCACAGCGGCAUUUUUACGCAGAUUUCCUUGCACGAAAAAUGAUCCAACGGACGCGUGAAAUUAUCAGUGUGAUAUACAAACACCGUGAUCGAUUAUCGCAAGAUACGUAUUCAGUGGCCAUCCCUCAUCGCGAACUACGAGACGGUCACAACUUGAGAAAAGUGUCAACUACAUUACUACUACCUCUGUUGAAUAGAUAGCACAGGUAGCCGCUAGUAUAUUUAUUUUUCAUGACGCGGAUCUCCCAAUGCCUGUAUCGCGUGAUUGAUAUUCGAUAGUUUAGCUUCGUCGGAUAAAUCGAGGUAUAGUUUUCGUACAUUUGAUCGUGUGUCAUGUGACGUCUGGAACAAUAGACAUAUUUCCGUAGUCUCUCCUCAGAGCAGUAUAGCUCAGGAAAAGGGAGAAAAAGCUCUUCUUCCGCUAAAAACACGCCGUUAUCGAAGUCUUUUCACUUUAUUGUUAAGACACUGGUUGUUGUAUCGAAUUGUGUGGGCAGGUCGAUGCGUUGUAUAUACGUAAUAAAAGAAGAAUCUCCAUGUGUCUUUUUGAUACGAUUUGCCAUCGAGCGGUUGAGACCAGCUCGAGAUGUUCUCGUUAUAUUAUUCGGUGCGAGGGCACAGAGGGUGCCUCGGAAAAUUCUUAGCGAAUCCUAGUCACGCUCUUUUUCCACUUUUUUAGAUGUCUAAGAUGAGUGGGAUCACUGCCAUCGUUGUUACGCCGUGGUAACGCGUUGCUGCUGUAUCCAGGCUGUUACGUUUGAUAAUUAAUACUAUUUAUUAGCUGCGUUUUUACGCGUACGCUCGUUCAAAGUUUCUCGUCAAGGCGCGAAGGGUUCUGUGAGCUUUCGACGGUAAUUCGUCGCAUAUGCGUGUGGCUGAAGACGCGUCAGGACGGGACAAUUUCCUCGGCAACAAGUAACGGGCGAGUAAUAAAGUUGGAUAGGAAAUUAAGCGUCAGCGCACGUGGGAAAAGUUGGACGUGCAAAGAAAGAGGAAGUGACGAUAGAAGCAAACGCAUCUUAACGCGUCUCGGCUCGUCCGUUUAGACAGGCGCGUCAUGAAGCCUCACGAACUUCCACGUCUCAUUCAUUCAUCAAGUUUUUCUUAUUCAUAGCGACGAUGCGAACGCUUAUCUCUAGCCAUACGUACCAUCGAUGAGAUUUCCAGAUGACAUAAAGCGUUCCCUCACGUGUAUAUAUGUAUGUGUGUGUAUGUGUGGUACGCGUUCGCGUUCGUGUGUGUAUCGCCGACGCGCACUAUCGAAGAAAUUUCUGAGCGACGUAAUUAUAUACUUACACUCCCCGUAUCGUAUGCAUUUUUCCGAAACGGCGCGUGCAAUACUGCGUCCCGCCCGAAUUGUUCCACUUCCUGUCACAGUGUACAUUAUUACCGCUAUUGUAGUUAUUACUAUACUGUAAUGUCUCGAUAAUAUUAUCAUUGUUAUUGCAAUAUUUUUAUUACAAUCAUUAAUAUUAUUUUAUUACAAUCAUAUAUUUUUCACUUUAUCACUCUUUACUGCUACUACCGCCAUUGUUCGCUAUAUUAUCCUCAUAACAAUGACUGCAAUUAUUUUUUUAGUACAAUUAUUCAUUGCUACUUGCUAGAGUAGAGUGAUGGCAAUUAUUACGGCUAGUGUCAGCCGAUACGCGUGUAUAUUCGCGUAUAUACGCUGCGCCACGGGGUGAGAAAGUUUGUCAUUUGCAUCCAAUACGACGAUUUGCGUCGUCAUGUAAGACGCGGUGAUAUUACUGUAUUUUAUUUUUUAUCGUGGUUUUAUAUUUUAUUACGCGCGUUUCAUGCAACGAAGCAGCAAUUUAACACUAAGGAUCUCAGAUUUGUUGCUUUAUUCAUCCUCCGUGAAGGAGAAGUAAAGCGUUAGAUGUCUUUUUAAGCAAGUAUCGGCGUUGCUCCAGUUACGGACAACGGAUCGUGUAAGUUAGAGGGAGGAGAGUGUUGCUAGUGAAACGUUUAAUAAAGCUACGAUUUUGAUAAAG